AUGUCUCCAUCUCGCGACUAUCAAAACAGGCCGAGCAACUCAACACGGUUCUACCGCCUUAGCUGUGUCUCGUCGAAGUACGGCAACUAUAGUUGGUUAAACUCUUACCCUUCGCGCACUCCGCUUAAACACCCUCACAUACACACACACACACACAUACGCAUAUAUACGUGUUCGUGGAUCAAAACUCCUCCACACGUACUGCACAAUGCCGCCCAAGUCACCGCACCCACUCCAGGAAUACGAGCGCCGUGCGCACCACCCCCAUCACGAGCACGGUAUCACCGCCCAACAAUCCGCGGAGCUGCACGAGGUAACAGAGAUUGCUCCACCUCCACCACACGCUAUCCAUCCCGACCAUCGAGGAAAAGCACCGUGACUGAGAUAGUGGACGAUGCCACGCUCCUUCUAGGCGUCCAAAUUUCGUUUUUCUGCUUUUUAUCUGAUGCGAAACGUUUUUUUUCUAUUUUUACCCUUUGUCUUCUUCUUUAUCUUCAUACACGUCCGCACACCUCUCGCAGGGGCUUACGCGCUUAG